GUCACGGCGCUGUGGGCUCCUGCAUCGCAGGGGUUAAUUCGGAGCCGCCGGGCUCGCGGUGAGUAGCGGUACGCGGGAGGUGUGACGUGUGCUUUCCCGGGGAUCUCGCACCGUGGGACAUUUCCACGCGCAGCAGGACAGCCCACUCGGAGCUCGCGGCGGGGGAGGCGUGUGUCACGAACGGGGAGUGGAGAAGAAGAAGAUGCGACUGUGAAGCAGGAGUCGCUUCGGCUCGAUGUAACUGAAUCGCAGGGUCUCCGCGGUCACGGUCACCUUUCCUCCUCUCUCCUCUCCUUUCCCGGCGGCGCCGCGGUCUGCAGUUCGCGGGGGGUCCUCCUGGUUCUGGUCCUGGUCCUAGACCUGCCGGCGGCCUCAGUCAUGAACACCGCCUCCCUGCUGCCCGUUCUGUGCAUCUGCGCGCUGUCGCUGCGGGCGUCGCGUGGGACCGGCUUCAAGUACAAGUUUCCCGCGCUGCGGCACGUGAACGCGGAGCAGAGCGCCGCGACCCCGCCGGGCGACCCGGGCAGAGCGAGCGCGCGCUACAGCAGCUCCCAUGCCUCUUUUAGGAACUGGUGUCAGUACACGGUGUCCAAGACCGUCUCCUGCCAGGUGCACAAUGGGACCACAUCUCUGGUACAGAGGAUGUUCCAGAGCUGUCGCUGGCCCGGUCCAUGUUCCAACGUCAUCAGUUACAGGACCCUGGUUCGGCCCACGUACAGGGUGGCGUACCGCCAGGUGACGGCGCUGGAGUGGCGUUGCUGCCCUGGUUUCCUAGGAGAGGACUGUCACGAGGAGUGUAUGAACUGCACAAGCUACACUGAAAUGAUUGACAGACUCAGGUUCAUCGAGUCCAAGGUUGCUCUUCUGGAAAACGCCAGACUUCCAUCUCUAUCUGGAAGCAGCCUGCCAGAGGGGUCCACAGACAACGAGGUGGACACGCCAAACCCCACCCCUUUCGAACCCCCAACCCUUGGGCUGCCAGGAGCAAGGGGCCCUCCAGGACCAGUCGGACCACCGGGCAUCCCUGGUCCACCAGGUCCACCAGGACCCAAAGGACAAGUGGGACCAGUGGGAUAUCCUGGGAGCAAGGGAUCACCGGGGCCCAAGGGAGAAAUGGGUUUUCCUGGGGAGAUUGGGCAACCAGGACCUCCAGGACCCCCUGGACUCCCAGGACCUACUACAGUCCUCUCACUGAGGGGUGAUAUAUUGCCGCUGGGUGAAGGACUCCAGCCUUUUAUGGAACUUGGGCCUCCAGGGCCACCUGGACCCCGCGGGCCCCCAGGCUCCCCAGGACCAGCUGGAGUGCCAGGGAUUCCGGGCAUUCCUGGGAGAGAUGCAGAAGGAGGGUAUUCAGGCAUACCUGGGCCUCCAGGACCUAAAGGAGACCGAGGUGAAACGGGUCCCCCUGGAUUAACAGGAGAGCAAGGCCACCCUGGGGCUCCAGGGCCCAAAGGUGACCCGGGAGAGAGCCAGUCAGAGAGUGAUGCUGUCCAACAGUUGAGGGAGGCACUGAAGAUCCUGGCUGAGAGGGUCCUCAUUCUGGAACACAUGAUGGGCAUCCAUGGUUUCCUGUGACUCACUGCGGGCACCUCAGCACUGGGGUUUCUACAGUUGAAAGUAUCCUGUGAAAUAAGGCCGACCGAUCGUACCGAGAGAGGAAAGAACCCUUCUUUGAUGCAGCUAAUAUGUCCAAAAGUUUGAUCCUUGGCAUUUGUGAAACUUAAGGGAUAUGGCUUACCUCUGCUUCAGAAAACUUGUCCGCUUGAGACAUGAGGUGGUACUUGAUUCUGGAAUGAAACAAGGUGGAGGUCAAGGAUAUGUUCAAGAUUAAUUAUUUACCUGCUAUAUAGCACACCUGAGUUCCACAUUUAGCACGUGCGGCUGCCAUAUGUCUUUUCACCUGUCACUAUGAUGGCUGACUACUAUGGUAAGAUAAUGAAUUGGCUUGUUUUUCCUGGGAACAUCACAUAAGAAUACCAAGCUUUAGAUGGGAUCUGUUGACCAAGCAGAAAGACUUUUUUAUUUUUUUUUAAAUCAGGGAGCACAACACCUAAUACACAGUGUAACUGCAAUGUUCAGCACCCACUACACUACCAUGAUCCCUGUCAGAAUGCUAUGCUGAACUCUUUAUUACACAUAAAUCUUGACUAUUUUCUUUUCAUGAAAUGUUCUGCUGUGUUUUUAUGUUAAGCAAUAACGGACA